AUGGUAUACCUUCCGGAUCCGAAAAAAAUGAAGAAAGAUGACGAUCCUGCCGGUCGAGAUUUGAUCAUGGUUGCCAACUACAACAUCCGGGUGGAGGUCCAUCCCCCCGGGAGCAAAUUCCGUCCCGACAACGAGGAAGGCAUUAAGGUACUCUACGGCAGAGUUACCGAUAUUGAUGGGGAAUGGAAACCCCUAGGAAAUAAAAAAUUCCCAAAGAGGUACAGUUUGACUACGAAGGAUAAGUAUCUAUCCGUGAGUGAGACUACCGGAGCCGUCAUCCUCCGCCUUAAGCAUAACGGUGAACUCAAAAGACAGUGGUGUCCCCAGGAAAACGUACCCGUCAAGAACUUAUUUGACAUGAAUGAUGUGGGUCUGGGUACGUUGGAUCUCAAAUUCAUCCGGGUCAAGGACACCUGGUGGGGAGCAGACUUUAAAGAUGCACACUUUUUCAACAUGACUGGGUUUCAUUUCCGGUUUCUGGAAAAUAAGCAGAAUAUUGCACAUAUGCAAUUUUGGAUAGCAGGCCCAAAUGUGGAUUGCCGUCUGCAUGACCAUAGCGACAACUCCUUCAAAGAGCUGCACACAUGCUUGUCUCAAGGAAGCUCUGAGCACAACGAAACUUGUCAGGGUGGCAUGUGGGCCCCGAAAGAGAUAUAUUAUAAUGAACCACUCGAUGAGAUCAAAAGACUCCGAGAUAAGUGCAGCCGGGAUCGUCAUAAAGGUUGCCAAGGAGCCUGUUUGGAGGAAUACCUGGAGCACUGUCCACUGCAACCUCUUCAGGAACACGGUCGUAUCUGGCAUGCUGAUCACUAUGGACAAACAGUCUACCGGAAGAACAAGACCGUGUCCUAUCCUGGUCACACUUGGAUUGCUGGUCCUGGUCCCUACGUGGAUGUGUGGAUGGCAUUGGAGUUUGAUGUCUGA